UUGAAGCGCCUGAGAGAGGCCGAGAGUCAGUUUCUUCCUCUUCUGGACAAGAACAAGCGUCUGAGCCGCAAAAACGAAGAGCUGGCUCUAGCACUGCGUCGCCUCGAUAACAAGCUUCGCUUCGUCACCCAGGAGAAUCUGGAGAUGAGGAGGCCAAGUUCAUUAAAUGAUCUGGACCGCAGCCACUCCACCAGUUACCAUGGUUACAGUCAGGACGAGAGAGAGAUGGAGUUUCUGCGGUUACAAGUCCUGGAGCAGCAACACAUCAUUGAUGACCUGUCCAAGGCUCUGGAGACAGCUGGUUAUGUGAAGAAUGUGAUUGAGAGAGACAUGUUACUGAGGUACCGGCGUCAGGAAUCGGUGAGGAGGAAACGGACCUUCAGAGCCUGCAGGGUCAUUGAGACGUUUUAUGGCUAUGAUGAAGAGGCGUCUGUGGAUUCUGAUGGCUCGUCUUUGUCCUUUCACACUGACAGAACUCCAGAUACUGAACCAGAUGAGGUAUGCGUGCGUGAGGAGGCGGAGCUUCGUUACCGUCAGCUGACUCAGGAGUACCAAGCGCUGCAGCGAGCAUAUGCUCUGUUAGCGGAGACGAGUGGCGGAAACUACGAUGCAGAGAAGGAGAUCAAGACCAGAGAGCAGCUGCUGAGUGAGAUCAGUCGAUACCAGAGCAGAGUUUCAGAUCUGGAAUCCGCGCUGAAGCAGCAAGGACUGGCUAGAAUCCUGCAAUAA